AUUCCUUUCCAGGGAAUUCCAGAGGCAUCUAUGCUCCUCAUCGCUCACGUCAUCGGGUCGGCUAAUGCGGCGCAGCAUCUUGUCAGUGUCGGGGGAUGCCUGCGUGAUAGGUGGUGAUGACGGCGGGGGCCUCGGUGGUGUGGAUCUUUCGUACGAGGACCUGUCUAAGAACUUUGAUGCCAACCUGGCUGAAAUUGACAUGGAGACGUUUCGGUCGGAAGACAUUCAUGCCAUCCUAACGCUUCCUGCCCUCUACGGUGGGGACUUCCAGUCGGCCAGCCGCGGGGAGCAGUGUGCCUCGGUGUCUGGCUCAUUCCUGGAAGCUCUGCCACUGGAUGCCUCAUCAGUGCAUGCAAAAACAGAGAGCAGCUCAGGACAGGAGGAAGAUUCUGGUGAGAUGUCCAUCUGUCGGGACGAGCCACUCUUCUCGCCCGUCAAGGAGUGUGGACCCCCGCUGACGGGAGGGCGGGUUGGUGCGGGCAAUGGGGGAGCCCUUUCCACGGACAGCCUGGACUGCAGCUCGUUUGAGGAGCAUGACCUUGUGCUGACGUGCCAGGCCAACAAGGACAACUACACGAUUGCCUUCCAGCAGAGUGGGACACACUUCUCGGACGACCUAUCGGAAGGCAGCGUGCCCUCGGACCAGCAGAGCCACCACAGCAGCAGUGCUGCGAGUGCUGCGCCGGCGAGUGGUGGUCCUGGGUCCAUGGCACGGUCCGAGCUGUCCUUCACCACCUGGCAUAGGCUAAGGUCGUCGGGCGUCCGGCUCAAGCCGGAUUCGGAUGCAGGGAAGUGCCAGAGCCUCCCCAACCUUCUUCGACGGUCGGCAGCCGUGGCGGGACGCAUGGACGUGGCCGGCAGCUGCCUGCCGCUUUACACGCUGCAGGCAUCCACACAUGGUACAAUUGAUCCACCUGAUGCCCGGUCCGUGUCCCUGCUGCGCCUCUUCAUGCGAAGCAAAGCUGGCAGUGGAGGUUCUCUCUCCAGCAGCCAUUCUGAGAACUCUGAUUCUGUGACCACGCCCCGAGAUGGUGCCACUGCCUACCAACUGCAGUCGUCCAGCGAGGACUCCAGCGGGUCUAUGGAUUCCAAGAGCGACAGCAGUGAAGACCCACCGCUGCCGCCAAAACCUGUGGAGCCGCUUGUGCGGAAAGUGCUGCGGGCCAGCACCAACCUUGUGGGCAGGGAGGCCAAUAACAACAACGUGGAACUAACGGCUGCCAACGACAAUGAACGGUUGAGGAUGGCCACGUCUGAGAGUGAGGAGGAGACUUCGCAGUGCUUCGAGGAUAGCCUCGUGGAAGCGGCGCAGGCACGCAUGAAGCCUGCCAACGCGAGGAGCCCGAUCCAUGAGGAAGAGGAACCGUUUGAGUCCAGCGGGGAUGAAACAAUGAAGGACAGCCGCGACCUGCUGAGCAGUGGUGGAGGCACGUCUUCCGACAAUGCAGGCGUCGUUGAGCGGCGUAACAAUGAUGUGAACUCCUCAUUGCGCUGUGCCAAGGGUGGUGCACUGCUCAGUGGUCCCCUGGGAAAGGAGAGGAUAAAGAAUGUCUUCACGACAGUGAACAAGAACAGCAAUGCCAUGGCAGCAGAGUCGGAUGAUCGGCAGUCCAGCCGCAGCACGCAGACCAAGCGCUUCAACUGCAAUGAUGGCUCGGGAUCCAGUUCUACGAGGAAGGUGUCGGACAGUAGCGGAAGCGGAGAAGAAGGCCGAAACGCGCGUUCUUCAAGUCUCCUCUCAAGUGGCUAUGUGAGCCGACAGAACUCUGUGGAUCAGAUCCACCGGCAGACAUUCCUCCUGAGUGCCGGCGGGAAUAGGAGAAAACAGCCGCCUACGGCAAUAGCUCGAAUGAGGCACUCGAGCACGCAGGUGCCGGUGCACAUUCGGGACCGUGGCAUUCAGACCAGCGUGGAGGGGGCUGUGGCUGAGAACUCAAACUGGCUGUACACUGUUGACGACACGUCUGCAGCGAUGUCAGGACAGCGAAGCUUCAACUUGACGUUGCGCCCCCAAGAAGUUGGCUCGAAACAGGAGGCAGAGCCAAAGCGAUCUAUUUAUGUCUGCUACCCAAAUUACUCCCUUCCAGAUCUUAGUUUUCUGAAGGAGCUGGCUGCCGCCGAGGACAAGCCCGACCUGGUUCUACGUCCCACGCAGCACAAGAUGCCACAGCCUGGUGUGUCAGAAGCAACCGUCGAUGGAGCUGCGGCGUCUGCACAAGUGCCACCCAACGAGUCGCCCGUGCUUCACAGGCGAACCCACAGCAGUGAACCGCACUGGCGGCGACCCAAGUCGUGCAACGACUUCGAGGACCUCUCCCGGCGCAACCUGAGUCACAUUCAGGACUGGGACUCGCUAAGCGUGUUGCUGCCCGCCGAAGUUAAAGCCAUGGUGUCCCACUUCCGCCAUGCUGCUCCUUCCUCGAAUCCUGCGCCGGACUCUCAGCAACAGCGGGGAAUCCUGCGCAAGCUCUCAGACGAGGCCAACAGCCGGCCGAGAAGCCAGUGCGACACCCUUGCUGCGGACAUCGACAGGAUCUCCACGGGCGCCGGCGGCUCAGUCGAGUUCCCCAAUCGGCGCCACUCGCUGCAGGACUACCGGCGGCUCCUCAAGGGCCUCCCCGACCUGGAUGGCCUGCUUCCACCCUGUCCAAACCUGGCCUGCAGUGGAGGCUUGCAGCGGGACACCUCGUUACCCCUCUCCCGGACCAACUCUGAGGGUUCGUGGCGGCGCGUCGGAGGCCGGAACGCGAGGCGCUCCGCACCUCUGGCAGCUACCUGCUCAUCGUGUCGUGCCAAGAAAGCAGUGAGCUUCAGCGAGGACCUGAACGUUCACACAAACGACACACGGCCCAUGCGAGGAGCCUUCUGCAAGUGCACGUGCGGCUCAAGUCCCACGACGAACUAUGGUCAGUGCUACAUGUUCACGCGCCUGAACCCAAUGGUGACCGCAGUGGUGACUCCAGCUGUGGCAGUGCUCAUCUUGGGUGACAAGUAUGGAUUCUGUACCGCAUGCGCCUGUGAUGUGAGCGUUUCGCGCGGCGGCAAGACCGACAUCAAGAUAAACAUCGCUUCACAAAAGCGUAAGAACUAUGUUCGUGCCGCAGAAGUGCAGGGCACCAUCGGCAGUUCCUCCAAAACAAGUGCAGUCAGUGUGAUCCGUGCAGAGUACCUCUUCACGGGAUUUCCUGUCGAACACAACCUGCCGCUAAGUGAGAAGAACGAGUCGAGAGAAGAGCCCUUGGAUGCCCUGGAAGUGGAAUUUGCAGAGCUCCAGAUUCAUCGUGUAAUGUUUAUUAACGUGGAUGCUUGUCACUAUUUCUUUGCAGAGGAGGGACGAAAAGAAGUCCAAGAGCUGGUAGAGUACAUCGAGCAGGCUGACACUGCUUUCCACGGUGACGGGGAGAAAUUCGGUGCUUGUUUGCUCGGUCUACUAAACCUGGGCUGUCUGGACACUUGGUUCCUGACGCUGCUGUCCAGCCCGCAGAUACUGCAGAAGCACUACCAGACGUCUGCCGCUUUCGUGCCGCUUCUCUCGCAUCCCAGCCUGUUCUUCCUGCGCGAAGAGCUUGCCUGCAGCUUGCGCUCCCUCUCCGAGCUUCCCUUUGGCUUCAGCCUGAGCUUCGCCCUGGGUGGCGAAGCGCAGAGCCUGAAGGACGCCAAACCCGCUUCCCGCAAAUCCCCCGGCCUCAAGAGCCCCCCCAGCACGUGCUCCCCAUGCACCCCUAGUGACGAAAACGGCAUCUACGAUGAGAGCGAUGACCUCCGCACUGUGACCUGCCAGAGCUUGGUUGACUCGUCUUCGUUGGAAGAGACGCUAGACAACUCGUCACGCGUCCUCGAACUGCAGAAGAAGCUGAAAGGCGGCCCUGCAGUGGCCAGCAGUGGUCUGGGAGGGACCAAGGCUAUCUACCCUGCAAUGCAGAAGGUGCAAGGAAGUGCAGAGGAGAUGCAACGUUUCCGUCAGCUGCGUAAUCACUGGGAGCAGAUGUCCCAUGCGUCACCCAGUUCGGCGGAGGCAGCCAGUACCAUCACCGCUGCAUCUUCUGCUAAACCCACUUCACCAACAAAGCUUCCGUCACCCACAAAGACGAUCCGCAAGCCCACUGUGACAAGUGGUGCAACCACGGGUGUUGCCAAGAAGAGCAGCGUACCAUCUGCCGACAACCGGCGCCUCAUGCCACGUGGCGCCACCCCUGGCUCCCGGACCCCGAGCCCUAAUAUCUCGGCCGGCAGUGGGCGACCGCAGCAGCAGCAGCGCCGGUCUUUGAUACCAGUGCACCGGGGAUGGAAGAAACCAACUGCCCGAGCGACUGACGGAGCCAAAUAAACCCUGGGCAGUCGCUGAUGAGUCAUCGCAAAGGCCCGGCAAGUUUUUUUCAACCUUCUCAAGGCAGUUUUCCACAGGCCUUUACAAAUUCUACAUCAUCCACCAGUGUCCUGAAGUAGUCAAAGCCCGGUGUCUCGGUUUGAGCUUUGUUAUUCUGCAGUGCAUCUGAUAUGUAUUGUGCCGCCAGUUUCGACCUAACCACUUCAUCACUGUCCUCCACGUCCCAUUUUCUUAUUCUUAGUGUUUUUUCGCUUUUUUGCUGCAGAAGUGUAACGUGCAGUUGUUUUGAUGGCUGUAUGUAACCCUCGUGCCGUAGUCAAAUUCAUGGGUCACGUAUGUGGGCCCAACAUUUAGUUUACAUAGUGCGGCCUUCUCUACAUUAGCAUUUGAGACAAUUUGAACAUUCUGUUUUUUCGCUAGCAUCAACAGGCCUCAGAUGUGGUAUGUACAGAUAUUUUUGUGCUUCAGGACUUCCGGGAACAUUUAUUUUUCUCGCGCGAUGACACCCUGUGAAAAUAAGCUACUAUACAUACCAUAUCUUAAAGUCGGCAUGGCUGGUUGUUGGCGCUGAUGAAGCACUCUGUUCAAGCAGUGCAUGUGAGGCUGUUGUACUCGAGGGAUUAGGAGGCAAGACUUGAGUGACUGUGUUGCUCUUUUAUGCAAACAGUGCGUGGACGCUUUCCUCGUGUGUGUCAUUUGCACACUGUUUUGAGAGACGCAUAGUUGCUUGGCUGAACGAAGCAGCAGCAAAAAAGGCUUAACAUUCUAUGUAUUUAAUGCACACUUGGGAGCGAGGUUUGUGCCGCAACAUCACGACAGCUGUGUGAAGUAACAUUGAAGAGCGAUGUCACCGCAACGGUGCUCUUGUGUUGAAGUGCGGUAGAACGGCGGAUGAAUGUCCGAUAGGCCUAGCCUCUUUAUUCUUUUGCUUAUUGCCCACAUUAACGAUAUCUUGCUCGCUUGUGUUUGCGUUGCUGUCUUGUUGCGUGCUGUAGUCAUCAGUGUUUCAUCUUUCAAUGUGUGCAUUGUCUAGUCAAGAUUGCAGUCACUUUUGUUCGUGUCUGGGGGUGACGCACGCGACAGCACUGGACAUGCCAGCCUGUUGGUGGUGCGCUCAUGCUUUUGACAGCUGUUGCGUUUGUUACAGUUUAUUGUGCCUCUCGUUUUCUUUUGUUGAUCAUUUUCAUGAAUGCGACGGCGUGUGUGCAAUGCACUCGAUGACUGUGCUCGGACCAGCUAGUUGCCAAAUUUUGAGGAAUUUGUAGCGUAAGCUUUGUGUUUGUUGCCAAUAGAUUGUAUUCUUCGCUGCCCGUUUACUGUAGCCUUUAUUCAACUGUUUACGUGAGCCUUCAUUAAAGGUGUAUGCAGGGAUCGCUCCAGUUGCACUGCAGACGCUGUACAGUGCAGUGUUUGACUCGUGUAGCGAAAAUUAGGUGGAUUCAGAAAGCGCAAGCAUAAUAACAAUGUUUCACCAUCUACUGCAGUCUGCGGUAGGCAUUGCAGUUUCUUUGUUCACUGAUGUUUUCUAAUUCACUAGGAGAUUAAAUUUUGUGUUUCUUUGAGGCGUAUCACUGAUGCAAAAAUAAUAAUAAAGCAGCUUCAAUCUAACUUCCUCUGGCUUUGAGGGGUAUUUUUUUAACAUGUUUAUUGCUUUAUUUCCAAGAUCUUCCCGACCCUUUCUGUUUUAUUUUGAAACACUUAUGCCUUAAUUAGUUUUAGUUUAACUUAUCGUUUAUCUGAACAAUUAUCAGUUUAGCUCAGAACAGCAUGUCAUGUGCAUACAGUGUCUAGAUGCUAGUGCAUUUGGUAAGGAAGUUUACUGCAUGUAUUGUCGUUUUGUACCCAGAAAUACUUGGAAAGGAGCUUGUGUACCGUUGCCUGUCUCUGCAGAGUGGUGCUUGGCAGUGCGCACCGUCUUUGCCGAGCUGGAUCUUCUCUUGGAAAGCAUGAGCCGUGCUCUUAUGGGAAAGGACUGUGGAGAAAUGUAACUGUGCCUCAGGUUGUUUCUAUCACUACAGUAGUGUUCUGUUCUUUUCAGGGCCCCCCUUUCAAUUUCUCUCUUUCUUUUUUUUACUCUAGCAGACGUUACAGUGCUGCAAGUCUCUUUAUACGACAGUACUUUUGUGAUCUUUUCUCUUUCCUGAAUGUAUACCACUAACUGCCGGUGAUGUAGUGUUGCACCGGUGUUUUGUCUUCUGAUUGUAUGCGUUCCAGAUUUACUGAGCUUGUUCAUGUUAUUUAUGAAUAUUGUUGCAGGGACAUAUCUUUUAUUUUAGGAGAGCUGUGUGUGUUUUUUUGUUCUGCGAGUUUUCACGGUGCACGGAAGCUGACAGGGGCUUGCGUUCUGUAAAUAUGUGCCAGAAAUUGUACGUGUGUGGACCUGUGCGUGACGCACGUACACGUGUGGACGUCAUAUGCGAGAGUUAAGCUUUGAAUGGGCUUGGGAAACUACAUUCCUAAUUACGGUAAUUUCUUUUUCUUGUGAUGUUCGUAGAUGUAGCCGGUUUCCUGUGCAAUGUAUAUUAAAGGAGGUGACAUGCGUCAUGUACUCGGAAUGGUCGCCCGCAAAACUUCCAACAUCGUAUGUUAACCGUGUAAAAUACUCUAUAGAUAUAUAAAACAUGUUCCCCUUCACCUUAUGCAUGAGUUUAGCCUUGUUAAUUGCAAUUUCUUGUGUUGUAACACAGUUUUAGUUAGAAAUCUACCAGCUGUUUGUUGCACAAAUUAUUUCCCUUUGUAACAAAAAGUGCAUAUGAUGAAAUAAAGUGUCAACGGCAGUAAAAAGUG